AUGUCUCAAGAGCGAAAGCGUUCAACGUCGCGCACAAGGGCCUCACGGCCGACCACGCCUCUGCGGCCCUCAUCUCGCUCCUCCUUUCGCGAAUCAGCCAAGUCCAGCACUGGUGGCGGACCCUCCUUCCCUCUCAAUGCCUUCGAGCCCGCCUUCGCUGAGCUGUCUGACGCCAUGGCCGACCUUGAGGCCAACAUGAUGCAUUUCCAGCUCAUGCAUGAGAGCUUGGCCCGCUUCAGCGAGAGCUUUGCCAGCUUCAUGUACGGCCUCAACAUGAACGCCUUCUGUGUCGACUACCCCGAGGGGCCCAUUCCAGAGUCGUUCCGCAGAGCAAAGCAACGAGAGGAGCAGGCCACAACACAAAUUCCGGAGCCUAAGUCCACAGGGGAGCUCGAGGGCGAGACCACCUACAUCUCCCAAAUUCCAGACGCCAGCCCCAAAGCCGAGGACAUCACGGGUGCCUGCGCCGUCUACCCGUGGCGGCAGCCAGACCCGAGGAGGCCGCGGUGGCACGCGUGGCACGCGGCCUAUCACUUCGCAUCACUUUGGCUUAGUUCUCAAGUUCUACAAUAUGUGCCAGCUCAUCUUGGUAACGGCCUGCAGCCGGGGCUCCAUUCCGGGACGCGUUCCCAGCUUCCGCGCCGGGCCGCCGAAGAGACCCACCCUUCCCAUUUCCUCAUCAGAUGGGUACCCUCAUCAGCCAAGCUCUCCUCCCAUCACCCGCCCACGAACUUUGAGCUAUGGGGUGAAUCGACUCAACGCUUCCAGAAGCUAUCUAGUACUGGUCCGAAACUCUUUACAUUGCAUAUCCACAUGGCAUCUCAUCGGGUUUUACAGUACGUGGCCGGGGCAAAGACGAAGCCCCCAACCGUAUACAUGCGGUGUCACGUCAAGCCUGGCGCAAGCAAAGUACGGGAAGGCAUCACCGCUCUGACAGACAACACCAUCGAGCUCUGCGUCUCUGCAGUCCCCAAAGACGGCGAGUCCAACAAGGCUGUGCUCGCAGUUUUGAGUGAAGCGCUCAACGUCCCAAAGUCAGAUCUCCAAAUCACCCGUGGUGCAAAGUCCAGGGAUAAAGUCAUCGCUCUUGGUGGCAAGGCAGUCCAGGACAGCGAGACAGAAUGUAUCAGCCGCAUAAUGAAGCAGCUUGACGACGCAAUCGAGGCAAACGGCUCUUGA